AUGGAUCCAUUGGUUAUUGCCGAACCUGCUGCAGCAACAGCAAGGCCUGGAGCUUCAGCUUUGCCCACUUGCAAUCACCGCAGUGCUCUUACAGCAGCAGCAGCAGCAGCAGCAGCAGGAACGGCAGCAGCAGCAGCAGUAGCAGCAGCCAGCAGCAGAGAGUGCCUCGCCUGCCAGUUUUCCCAAGUCGGCCUCAAGAUCAGCAGCAGCAGCCCCUGCGGCAGGUUCAGCAGCAGGAUGCGCCCCACACUGCCACCUGCUGCUGCUGCUACCGCAGCAGCAGCAGAAGCGACUCCUGCUGCAGCGGCUCCCGCUGCAGCAUCGGAAGCAGCUCCUGCUGCAGCGGUUCCCGCUGCAGCAGCAGCUGCUGCGCCUGCUGCAGCUGCUGCUGCUGCCUCACCAAAGCCUGCUUCUGCUUCUGCGCGGGGCGUCGAGACUGCAGCAGCAGCAAGCAGCAGCAGCAGCAGUAGCAGCAGAAGUGGGCAAGGCGCCUUGCAGGGGCAGCAGCGGCAGCAGCAGCAGCAGCCUGGCGGGGCAAUCUGCUCACCAGGAGCAGCCUCGAACGCUGCAGCAGCAGCAGCAGCAGCAGCAAAACUCGAUGAAGCAGCAGCAGCAGAAAUGAGAAAAAAUGGACCCCUGGUGGUUAUUGUCACGGGCAUGGCGGGCAGCGGGAAGACAACGCUGGUGAAGGCCAUGCAGGAGGUGUUGACUGGCCUGGGCAAAGUGGUGUACGCGGUGAACCUGGACCCUGCAGCAGCAGCAGUUCCUUUUGCUGCUGCAGUGGAUAUUCGCGACAGCAUAAAUUAUAAACACUUAAUGAGGGUUUACCAGUUGGGGCCGAACGGGGGGAUGUUGACGGCCCUAAACCUCUUUGCCACCAAGAUCGGCGCGCUGCUGCAGCUCAUUUUCAACAGAAGCAGCAGCAGCAGCAGCAGCAGCAGCAGCAGCAGCAGCAGCAGCAGCAGCGGGGGCAAAGGGGGUGAAGGGCGCGCGGGGGAAGCUGCGCAGCAGAGCGAGGGAGGACCCGCCGCCCCCAGCAGCAGCAGCAGCAGCAACAGCAGCAGCAGCAGCAGCAGCAGCAGCAGCAGCAGCAGCAAAAGGGGGAUUGACGUGGUGCUGGUGGACACUCCGGGGCAAAUAGAAGUGUUUACUUGGAGCGCAAGUGGGGCUUUAAUUGCAGAAGCUUUUGCUGCUAGCUUCCCAACUUUGCUGCUGUAUGCAGCAGAUUGCUGCAGCUGCCAAGCCCCAAACAGCUUCCUCAGCAACUUAGUGCAUGCAUGCAGCGUUUGCUUCCGCCACAAACUCCCCUUUUUGCUGCUGCUCAACAAAACAGAUGCAGCAGACCCCAACAAAGUCCUCAAACUCCUCAACAACUACGAAGACUUCCAGGAAGCCCUUUUGGCGGACGAUCGUUACAUGGGUAGCCUGGGCCGCUCCACGGCUUUGGCGCUGUGCAGCUUUUACGAGAAAAUUGAAACUCUGGGAGUUUCUGCUGCCACUUUGGAGGGGAUGGACAAGCUGUGGCCCUGUCUGCUGAGGCUGCGGCAAGAGUACCAAGAGCAGUAUAUUCCCUAUUUGCUGCAGCAGCGGCAGCGGGCGCAGGAGCGGAAGCUGAAGCAGCAGCAGCGCCAGCUGGAGCGCUUUAUAGCUGACAGCAGCAGCAGCAGCAGCAGCAGUGGGCGCGCAGCAGCAGCAGCAGAGAAAAGCGACAAACGAGAAGCGGACUAG